CUCUUGACAGUCAUUAGAGAAGAGAGGGCUGACUAGACAGCAGUUCCAUUGCAGGGUUCAAUUCAACAUCAUGGAUUCAUCUUUUUCCCUUUUUGGCUUAUCUAUUGAGCUGGAUUUAAAAAGUUUUCUGCUUUUCACAGCAGUUUUCAUUAUCACUGCAGAUUAUAUUAAAAACCGUCGGCCAGCUGGCUUCCCUCCUGGACCUUGGACUGUUCCAAUACUUGGCAACAUAUUCUCUCUGGACCAAAAUAGGCCCCAUGAGAAAUUGAUAGAGUUGGCAGGGACAUAUGGGGAUGUGUUCAGCCUGCGAAUUGGUCAGGAAUGGACGGUGGUACUAAAUGGGUUUAAAACUCUGAAAGAAGCUCUGGUAACAAAAGGUGACAGCUUCGCAGACCGUCCAGAUCAACCUUUACAGGAAGAUAUAGGAGGUGGACUAGGUGUGAUUACCAGUAAUGGAAAAUUAUGGAAGCAACAGCGGCGUUUUGCACUUUCAACCCUUAGGAGUUUUGGAUUUGGGAAGAAGUCUCUAGAGCCCAUCAUCACGAAAGAAUUUACAAAAUGUGCUGAAGAGUUAAGAAGCUAUAAAGGUAAACCAUUCAGUCCUCACCUCAUCCUGAACAAUUCCGUCUCCAACAUCAUUGCCCAACUGGUUUUUGGUCAUCGCUUUGAAUAUGGUGAUAAGAAGUUUGUCAAACUGAUGCUCCUUUUUAACGAAGGACUGCAAAUAGAAGCUUCCAUUUGGGCACAGCUCUACAACUCCUUCAGUCUGGUGAUGAGAUAUUUACCAGGUCCACAUCAGACAGUCAAACAGAUCUGGAUUGAAGUACAAGACUUUAUAAAAGUAGAGCUGGAUGAGCACAAGAAGAGCUGGGACCCCUCGGACCCAAGAGACUAUAUCGACUGCUACCUGAAAGAGAUCCAGACGAGUAAAGGGCAGGAUGAGAGUACAUUCGAUGAAGCAAACCUGAUCAUCUGUGUUUUGGAUCUGUUUGUGGCCGGCUCAGAAACCACAUCCACCACCCUGCGCUGGGCUUUCCUCUACAUGGCAAAGUACCCUGAGAUCCAGGAAAAGGUCCAGGAGGAGAUAGACAGAGUGAUUGGACAGUCCAGAGAUCCAACCAUGGAGGAUCGUACAAAUAUGCCCUACACGGAUGCUGUUAUCCAUGAGGUCCAGAGGAUGGGCAACAUACUUCCUCUCAGCCUACCACACACCACCAGCAAAGAUGUCCAACUGGGAGGCUACACCAUUCCAAAGGGAGUAACGGUAAUUCCUAACUUAGCUUCAGCGCUGUUUGACAAGAAUGAGUGGGAGAUGCCUUUAACCUUCAAUCCAGGAAACUUUCUGAACGAGGAGGGGAAGUUUGUGAGGCCAGCAGCUUUCAUCCCUUUCUCUGCAGGCAAGAGGCUGUGUCUUGGGGAGAACCUGGCCAGAAUGGAGCUUUUCCUCUUCUUCACCUCCUUCAUGCAGCGUUUCACCUUCUCUAUGCCUGCAGGGGUGAAACCUGUGAUGGACUAUUGUGCUGGACUCACUCUGAGUCCAAAGCAAUAUGAAAUCUGCGCUGUCCCACGUCAAGAGCAGCUCUGAAGCGACUCAGUUCAAGACUGGGCGCAAACAUGGUGGCACUGAUCUUCAACCGUGGUCCUCAGAGCGCACCGUCCUGCAUGUUUUAGGUGUUUCUCUGGUCUCACACACCUGGCACAAACUACUGGGUCACUGACAGACUCGAGUGGACCUCGACGACUACCUGAUGGCAAACCAUUUUGUUAAAUUGGGUGUGUUGGAGCAGAGCAACAUCUAAAACAUUCAGGAAAAAUGUGCCAGUUGUGGCCACACUGUUUAAUUUUUUUUUUAAACAGUGUGGACUAAAGUGUUUUUUCUUUUACAAAAUGAGAAUUGUUGAAAUAAAAAUCAUAUCUGACGGACAAUGGCUGAGAGAAAUAAGCCAGGGUGAGAGUAAAUAGCCAGUUUGGGCUGGCUAUGUACGUGCUGAAAACAAAUAUACUCGAAAUCAAUUUAAGAGAACUUGCUUAUCUAAUUAUCCAGGUUAAUUAAGAGAGAGAGAGAGCCUUAUUUGUUUGAUUUUUACAAUGUAGAAAUGUUUUUUACAAUGUAGAAUGUUCUCAGGAAGAAAAAGAGGAAGAGAAAACAGAAAGAAAGGGACUUUACUGGGAGAAGCUAAUAAAUUGAUGGGGAUCAUUGACAUUGGAGACAAAAGUAAGGCAGGGCAAGACGAGGCAAGUUAAUGUGAAUAGCACAUUUCAUGUACAAUGCAAUUCCAAUUGGUUUACAUAUAACAACAGUGACAGCAAGAUGCAAAGGAAAUAUUACAAAGGUCAUGUAAAAUGGAAUUAAAACAAGCCAAUAAGAUUAAAACUCUUAUAGAUUAAUAACUCAUACAGGAGCAUCAUAAGUUGUCUGUCUAUCGAAUGCCGUCUAGAAGCAAUUUCUUCUGCAUCUGGUGGUGCUACUCUCUGGAGAUUGAUCAAAUCUAGAGGAACCAGAUUCAUUCUUUCUAUCAAAUAAUUAAGAUUACUGGCCAGGCCAUAACAACAAUAAAUCAUGCAACCAUAUCCUAGCAUGCUAGCAACCAAGACUAGCAGCAGAUGCUGACAUCAACUUCCCAUUCUCUUAUAUGUGAAUGGACAGGUGGAGCUUAACACUGGAUAAAACAAACUUUGUUUUUGUUUCAGCAUGAGUCUUGUGUACAGAAAAAUCAAAAAGAUGUAGAAUCACUAAUGACCCUGUGCAUGUUUGGACACAGGAAACUGAAACAUCUGCAGUCAAACCACUUGGGAUCGUUGAUUUGUACUUCAUUUUUCAUGUAACUGGGCAAAUUUAAAAAAAACUACAUUUAUGUUAUUUGAAUAAAUUGCCUGUUUGCCAAAUCAAA